GAAGAAGACGAAGAAGAAGAAGAAGAAGAAGAAGAAGAAGAAGAAGAAGAAGAAGAAUUGUUAGGCAACAUAAAUUAAGUCGUUUCAUUUUUUUAUUAUGUUAUUUUCAAACAUUGUUUAGCUCCUGGCGUGUUAGCUUUAGCGGCGCCCUUCGUGGACUACAGCUGAAGCUACCUUGACGUUAGCAUCAUGUCUGCAGGGGAGCUGAUGUUGAACUCGGGACAAGGUGCCGGAAGUGUCAACCCGGAGAAACCGAGCAGAAGCCGCCUUGGUUUAAUUGUAACAGGGGUUGUUGGUGGCUCGCUAGUCGCUCUCUACGCAGUAGCGACUCCGUUUGUCGCUCCCGCUUUGAGAAAGGUCUGCCUCCCCUUUGUACCAGCGACCACAGCCCAGGUGGAGAAUGUCCUCAAGGUGCUUCGGGCCAGGUCAGGGACCCUGGUGGAUAUUGGAAGCGGAGAUGGUCGGAUAGUGAUCGCAGCAGCCAAGCGUGGAUUUCAGGCAUCGGGAUUUGAACUGAACCCCUGGCUGGUGUGGUAUUCCCGCUACAAUGCCUGGAGAGAAGGCGUCCACCGCUCCACCUCCUUUCAUAUCUCUGACCUGUGGAAGGCUAACUUUGCUCAGUAUUCCAAUGUUGUAAUUUUUGGAGUCCCUCAAAUGAUGGAUCAGCUCGAGCUCAAGCUGGCAAAUGAGCUUUCAGACACAGCCAAGGUGGUGGCCUGCAGAUUUCCUUUUCCUACAUGGAUCCCUGAACGCACUGAAGGGGAAGGAAUAGACACUGUGUGGGUUUACGAUACCAGCAUGUUCAAAUCAAACCUGCACCACGGAUCAACGGAAACACAUAAACAGAAAACACAAAUUAAUAAAACCAGCUCCUCCUAAGUUGUCUGCAAAUGCUGCGUUUUCUCCCCAAGAUUUACAUCUCAUGUUCAGUUGUAAAGCACUUGGACUUCUGUUGUGGUUAUGAGAAUGGAAAAAAGCAAGUGGACUGAGAGAAUACAACACUUUCUUUAGA